AUGUGGAUAUAUUAUGAAAAUAAAAUACAAUGUAAACCAAUUAAUACCUAUAUGUGUAAUUGUCCUCCACCCAUAAGAACAUUUCUUAAAUCAUCAAUUAAUUGUUUACAAUUAACUUAUAAUUAUUUAAUUGAUAUUGGUAAUAAUAAUAACAAUGAUCAGAAUCAAUAUGUUCUGCCAUUCAAUCCUCAGCAUACAACAAAAGCCUAUUUGCAAAUGUUAAAUUUAAAUAUUGAUGAAUCACAGUAUGACUGUCAAUGUAAACAAUUAUAUGUAUGGUGUGAAUGGCAACCAUGGUUACCAUGGAGAGCGUAUUGUACAGGUGGAACUAAUGAAUUAAAACGUACACGUUAUCGUAAAUGUUGUACAUUGAACACUACUGAAUACAAUAACAAUAAUAAUGAAGAAAAUGCAUCAAAAUAUCCCUUCACAUCACUCCAUUUAUGUCAAACAACUUUAAAUAAUGAUCCGCUAGAUGGACAACGUGUAGAAGUACAAUCAAAAAUAAUAAAUCAAUGUCCAAUAAGAAGUGAAUUUGUAUUCAAACAUAAUGAUCAAAAAAAUUCCGACUAUGAUUAUAUAUUAUUAG